ACUGUAUUUUUCCUCGACGCAGCUGACGAUGUAAACAAGAAAAGACGGUUGAAGGCUACUGUGAACCGGUGUCGCCGCCAAUGAUCCACUAUUUGAACGUCUCACACCAGACAUGGGGCUCCCCGUGACGAUCAAAGUCAAUUUCCGCGGCAACGUCAAGCGAUUCCUCGCUCAGGAUGUGGACAAACUGGAGUGGGAGUCCGUGGAAGCCUGGAUUAAAGCAUCUUUUGGAAUAAACCAUUUCCAAGUAAAGUACUUUGAUGAGGACAAUGAAGAGAUAUGCAUAAAUAGCCAAGGUGAAUAUGAAGAAGCCAUAAAGAGUGCUGAGAAGCAGGGAAACCAGUUACACAUGAAUGUGUACAAGAUGAAGGGCCAGGCCUGCGGAGGCCCACUGAAGACUGAGGUGAAGGAGCUGAAGGGAGAUCUCAGACCUGCUCCUCCUUAUCCUUCCCGUGUUAAGACUGUGGACAAAGGCACGCAGGUCACCCCCGAAAGAGAAGCUGUACCUCUGAAGGACAGCAAGAGUAAGCCAGAAGAUGAACCUCCCCCAAUGUGGUUCAGAUCAUACAUGGAAAAGUUUAAAGACGAGGUGGUCAAGGAAGUCGUGGAAAGAAUGUGCAGCGACUUUUCCGGCCAGUGCUGUACGCACAAAUCUCCUGAUGGGCUGAGUGAGGCCAGUGGAGGAGCGACUGGUGGUCCAGUGGAGCCCAGACCAGGUCCUUCCACCUCAAAUGGAUCACUCGGCUACACACCAAACUGCAGCAGUUGCAACAAACUCACCUCAGAUGGAGCCUACAAAUGCAGUGUGUGUCCAUCCUGCAUUCUGUGCGAGAUGUGUCGACACAGCCAUGACCCCAGUCACAACCUGAUCAGAACCAAAACACCUCUGUCCAUUCCUGAGCAUGGCAUGUCUGGAGAAUUGAGGUUUGCAAGACGAGGAGACCGAACAGUGCGAAAGGCAGAGCGACAGAGACUCAAAGCUGAGAGACGGCAGUUGAGAGCUGAGGUGAAGGAGAUCAAGAAGAAGCUGCGGCUGGAGAAGAGAGGCCUCCAAUGGAGUGGACCAUCUACCUCAGCCAGGGCCAACAUGGCCUCUGCCUCUACCCAGGCCCCAGCCCUGCCCCCUUCUGCCGCGUCAGAGUCGGCCUCAGGUCCUGCCGCGGCUCAAGGUUUCGUCCCUGCCCCGGCCCCUGACCCCCAGGCCUCCAGUCCAGAGGGUCCUGGGGUCUCGUCUUUGGUGCCCACUAUGGCUGCCUUGUUUCUGGAUGAAAAUCUGCCAGACGGCACACAUCUGGAACCGGGUACCAAGUUCAUCAAAUAUUGGAAGAUGAGGAAUUCGGGGACUAUCAGCUGGACCUCAGAGACAAAGCUAGUGUUCAUGUGGGGCAACCUCGGCCUGGCGUCUGAGAAGAGGGAAGUGCCAGUUCCGCUACUGCUGCCUGGACAAGUGGGAGUGGUCAGUGUGUCAUUCAUCGCCCCUGUGAUGGAGGGCACGUAUACGUCGCACUGGCGACUGGCACACUGCGGCUGUCUAUUUGGACCACGAGUCUGGUGCAGCAUCGUGGUUGACCCCGGCAACAGCCACAGCACAAUCCAGCAUCAAAGCGAACGGCUGGAUCAGAUGAAAACCAUAGAAAAGGAGAAGGAGGUCAGAUCCACCACAGGUUUGACGGUUCCUGAUCUUACCCAUGAAGACUUCUACUUCCCCUCGGUAGACUUGCUCACUGCACAGGAUCUAUUGUCAUUUGAGUUAUUGGAUAUAAACAUUGUGCAAGAGCUGGAGAAGGUCCCUCACAACACACCAGUGGACAUGACCCCCUGCAUUUCCCCUUUGCCUCAUGAUGCAUCGGUGAUGGACAAAACCUUCAGCUGUCAGAUUAAAGAUAACACUGACAGUGCAGGUGUGCGGAAACUUUUUGGGGUUAAGCUGAACCAACAGAGGGAACUGCUGGAGUCUGUAAAUCAAGAGGAUGAGAAAGACGAGGAGCUCAGUGGCGCCCAGUUUCUCUGUGAGACCAUCAUGCGCUCACUCACCCUGGAAGAAGCACCUGACCACAGACCUGUGCGCCGACUCCAGAACAACUGCCACAAGCCACAUGCAGUGGUCUCGCGAGGUCUCAGCUUCUCCAGUGAGAAACCUGGAAUGGCAGUCAGAGUGGAGGAGCCACAGAUGGAGAAUUUGAUUUUGCCUGUGCCGUUCAUCUCUGUUCUUAAGCCGAUCACCGCAGAGGAACAGACAAGAACAGAGUCAGUUCCCCAAAUGGAACCUGAAGUCAGCCAAACAGCUUCCACCUCACGCGAAAAUGAUGAAGAUGAGGAAGUGGGCAUGAUAGUGAUGGACAAAGAAAGAACGCAAGGAGCGUGUCCUGAAAAGGAAAGUGAAGUGAAAGCAGAUGACUGGGAUGAGGUCAGCAGUCAGACCUCCUCUGUGUCCUCCUGCGAGGAUUACAUCAUUGUCCUUCCAGACUGCUUUGACACAAGCCGACCACUAGGGGAGUCCAUGUAUAGCUCAGCCCUGUCACACCCAGUAGCUGCUGCAACCGCCACCCAACCUGAAUCAGAGCAACAGGGGGAGCUGGAGGAGAACAGCGGGGCGAGUAGAGAGCUUGAGCAGAGAGAAGAGAGUGUGGCAGAGCAAGCUUCAAACAUAGGGUGUCCUCCGGACCCAUUGGUCGACAGCACUGUUACACAGAUGCUGUGUGCCUCGCAAAACCUGGAUGCUGUGACGCUCACUCCUGAGGUUGUGCCCCCUCCCGAUCCUGUCGUGAGCCCUCCAACCAUCUACUCCCCCAGAUCUGAGGCACUGUACCUGGCAGAAGACCCCAGUCCUGAGCCUCGUGAAACCUUUGAGCCUCAACAAGUCCAGCUUAACAUAUCAUCUGGACUUUCCAAGUAUGCAGGCUCAUCUUCCAGUGCCUUCGUGACCUACAACCCUAGACCCUGCAACGCCUUGCAGCCAAGGGGCCAAGGAGGCAUCACUGAGGGUCUGGUUAAAGGAGCUCUCUCUGUAGCAGCGUCGGCCUACAAGGCUCUGUUUACUGGACCAAAUUGUUCAAUACAGCGAGGCAUUGACCCGGCCACCCGACAGGACCCCUCCAUGAUGGCAAUGCUACUGGAGAUGGGCUUCAGAGACCAGCGCUUGAACCAGCGACUGCUGCGGAAGCACAGCUAUAGCCUGCUGCACACGGUCAACGAGCUGGUCCAGAUUGCAGAGGACGGUCAGAACCGGGCCGUCGACAUGCAACAUUAGGCACCGGAAGUGACCUCUGUGUUCCCGAGGAUCUUCAAAUGUUGAGAAAUGAAUCAUAGAAGGCUCUUUCGUGGUUCUUAUUAAUAAUGUUUUAAAAGAGUGAUUCUUUUGUUUGUUUGUUUGGACCAAGCGUGAUGGUAGUAUGAUGUAAGUUAAAAUGGAAAAGCUUUUGUUGAUUGAGAUAUAUUCAUGAAACAGCCUUCCCCUGCUUUAAAUUUAGUUUGACAUGUUCUUUUUCAGGAUGACCUUUCCUGCCUUGUUUACCUGGAGCUUGAAUUGGAGCAUAAGCUAUAUCUGGCUUCUAGAACUUUGGCAUCAUGUGUUAAUAGCUGCUCUGUCUGGCCAAGCUGGACCAAUAUAAUAUUAUAUGUCAUGAAGCUAUAAAAAGCCAGCAGCUCAUAUGCGGAUAUUUCAGACCCUCUCCUGAAUCUCGUAGUUAAUUCUGCCUAAGCAAUGCAAUCUCUUUUCUGUAUCUGAGUACUGUUAUUUUUCGAUGUUGAAUGUACAAAAAAGUCUGCGAUCAAAUCGCCACUCAGACACAGAUGUUUACUGCUGUAUAGACAAAGCACCUGCAUGACAGGUAGAGGCGUAGAGCAGCAACCCCUCGUGACUUUGAGCACUCAUCGACAACUGCACAUUCCACGUCCUCACUCAAGGCUCCUGGUUUUCAUUCCACGCCGUACACUAUACACAUGGUCUUCUCAGUCUGGUAUUUGGGUUUUAGUUGAGAUUUCUUUUAGUCGAUCGAUAAUCCAGAGACGUUGAGACUAUAUCUGCUGUGCUUGUUGAAUUCUCCAGUGUACACAUGAACGCUCUUCUACUGUCAGUCCAUCAAUAAAAUAUUUGCACAUUGUCUCACUUCUGAAAUUGGGAUG